AUGCGGAGCCCCCCCAUGAAUGAACUACGAUUUGCGCCACCGCGGGGAAAGUUACCCUCCUCUUUCCCAAUUGACGCCUCGUCAUUCAGCAGUCCUUGCCCGCAGACAUGGAGUUGGUCGAACAAGUCGAUCCUGGAUGUCCUUCCGUACAACAUAUGGAAUUCGGCGGCAAUUUCGGAAGAUUGUCUAUACCUCAAUGUGUGGACUCCUGCCGCGAAGCACCGCAAGUCAGACAGCAAGGUGGCCGUGAUGGUAUUUAUCCAUGGUGGUGACUUUGGAUUUGGUGGCACAUCAGUCGCCUACUACGAUGGCUCCAAUCUCGUGCGCGAUAAUAAGGAUAUCAUCGUAGUCACUAUCAAGUAUGGUGCCUCGUCGCUUUGCAUCAAUGGAUGA